CAGAUCUCUGCUUUUUACUUCUGAUCCUGGGGGAGAAUCACCUGCUGUGGAAUCUCAGGGAGACGAGAGGAGAAUCAGCAGCGUUCUGUCUCUGCGCCACUCACUAAUAUUUAGCCGCGACCAUGUUCCUCGGGGACCCGGUUACGGUGCUUCUGGCAGUGGCGCUGUGUCUCAUUGUGGCAAAUACACUUUAUAGGCAGAAAAGGGACAGUUACAAGAACUUCCCACCUGGACCGAAGCCGUUACCCAUCAUUGGGAAUAUUCACAAUAUAAAUCUGAAGAGACCGUAUUUAACAUACUUAGAGUUAUGGAAGAAAUAUGGCUCCAUAUUCAGCGUACAAAUAGGAAGCCAGAAGAUGGUGGUGCUGUGCGGCUAUGAAACUGUAAAAGACGCUCUUGUAAAUUAUGCAGAGGAGUUUUCCGAGAGGCCAGUAAUACCUAUUUUCCUAGAUGCUGUGAAAGAAUAUGGUGUUAUAUUUUCUCAUGGAGAGAACUGGAAAGUGAUGAGAAGAUUCACCCUUUCAACCUUACGAGACUUUGGGAUGGGGAGGAGAACCAUAGAAGACAGAAUUAAUGAAGAGUGUGAUUUCCUGGUAGAGCAGUUUAAAUCUUUCAAAGGAAAGCCAUUUGACAACACCAUGAUAAUGAAUGCGGCUGUGGCUAAUAUCAUUGUAUCUAUAGUGCUUGGGCAUCGGUUUGACUAUCAGGACCCAAUAUUUUUGAGGCUAAUGAGUUUAAUCAAUGAAAAUGUAAGGCUUACGGGGAGUCCUAAGGCCAUGCUGUACAACGUGUUCCCAUCUGUAAUGAGAUGGCUGCCCGGAAAUCAUCAGACUGUUGGCAAAAAUGCAGCUGAGUAUCACAGGUUCAUUAGAGAGACCUUCACAAAAUACAGGGAUAAACUGGACAUCAAUGACCAGAGGAAUCUGGUUGAUGCUUUCCUUGUCAAGCAACAAGAGAAGAAUGGAAACGCAGUGUACUUUCAUGAUGACAAUCUGACAGUGCUUGUAUCCAAUCUCUUUGUUGCUGGAAUGGAAACCACUUCUACCUCUGUUCGGUGGGGCCUCCUUUUAAUGAUGAAAUUCCCAGAAAUUCAAAAGAAUGUGCAGAAUGAAAUAGAAAAAGUGAUUGGACAGAGCCGGCCACAAACUGAGCAUCGUAAAUCCAUGCCCUACACCGACGCCGUUAUCCACGAAAUCCAGAGAUUUGGUAACAUUAUUCCCAUGAAUCUUCCCCAUGCGACUGCUCAGGAUGUGACGUUUAGGGGCUAUUUUCUUCCAAAAGGAACCUUUGUGAUCCCGUUGCUGACGUCGGUCCUGUACGACCAAACUCGCUUUGAAAAACCAAAGGAGUUUUACCCUCAGCAUUUUCUUGACUCUGAAGGCAACUUUGUCAAAAAUGAAGCAUUUCUGCCCUUUUCAGCAGGAAAAAGAAGUUGUGCCGGAGAGAAUUUGGCUAGAAUGGAACUGUUCCUGUUCUUCACAAGCCUCCUGCAGAACUUCACCUUCCAGGCGCCUCCUGGGGAGGAACUAGAUCUCACCCCUGCCAUUGGGAUAACCACUCCGCCUUUGCCCCAUAAUAUUUGUGCUUUGCCUCGUACAUAAAUUGUGCCAAUGUGCAAGUCCAAGGUAGCAACACCAAUUGCAGAAAAAAUGUUUUACUACUUACUUUCAUGUAUAGAAAAGGAAACAGGAGUAGCAAUUGGACCUUGUGAAAAAAUCUGAGCAAAAAACUCAGCUAAUCUAUUGUUUCUCCUACUCCCAUGUAACUGGAGGAGUCCCAAGCCGGACUUGGAUUUCUUACUAUUGAGUGCUAUUCUGAUACCUACUGGGAGCUGCUAUCUUGCUCCCUUCCCAUUGUUCUGCUGAUCGGCUGCUGGGGGUGAGGGGGGGAUAUCACUCCAACUUGCAGCGCAGCAGUAAAGUGUGACUGAAGUUUAUCAGAGCACAGGUCACAUGGCUUAGGGCACCUGGGAAACUAAGAAUAUGGCUAGCCCCACACCACAUUUCAAACUUAAAUAUAAAAAAAAUCUGUUAGAUCUUUUGACAAAUGGAUUUCAAUGCAGGAUUCUGCUGGGGGAGUGCUCUUAACUGAAUUAACAUGUCGACCUUUAGAAGAUGGUAAAGCGGCUCUGCCAAUGGAUCAAUGAUUAGCAGUGGUGGGUCCUUAUUUUAAUUCAUGAGUCUUUUUUGUGUGAAUAGCAUCUAGUAUGAGGGUAUCUGAGAAAUUACUGAUUUGAUUUGUGAUCUGUAACAUCUGAAUCUGCACCCACCAAGAGCUUCUAGAACAUCUGUCUAAUAAAGAGUUAUCAUUUUGUUUUAACAACCA